AUGAGUGAAAAUCAAGAUUUAUAUUCCAAUUAAUUUUAUGAAAUUAAUAAUUAAUAACAUUAAAACUAAAUUGAUCGAGUUGAAGAAGAAGAAUAAAUAAACUAUUAAUACAAUAAUUAAUAAAAUUUAGAAGAUGAAUAUGAAAUAGAAAAAGAUGACGAUUUUCCAGAAUAUGCAAAUGAAUAAAAUAAAAGACUAAAUGAAAUAAUAAUCAAAAAAAGAAAUUUAAUUAAAGACAUAUAAAAUAAGUUUGAAGAAAAAUCAGAAAGAACUAAAGUUUUAAAAGAGCAUUUGAAAAAUGUUUAAUACGAACUUUUAAAUACAAAAGCAUUAAUAGAUACUAAAAAUAAAGAAAUAGAAACUGAAGAUCAUAUUAAAUAAAUAACAGAAAGACAAAUCGGUCGUAUUUAAAGCGAAAUGGUAAUCCUUGAAAAGCGCACAAUUGAAUAAUAAGAAAAAUUAAACGACUUUUAAAAUUAGAUAUUUAGAGGUAACGAGAAAUUAGACCAAUUUAAACUUGAGAUGAACUGGAAUUAAGAAGAAUUAGAAUAAUGGGCUCUUGCUGCUCGUUAAAAAGAGGAAGAUAAUUUAACUUUAGAAAAAUACAAAAGGGCUGACGAGGUGAAGACCAAAGAACUAAAUUUGGCUAUUGAAAAACUUACUUAAGGUCUAGGUUUAAAAUAGUAAGAAUUAGAAAAUGAAAUAACAGAAACAUAGGCUACAUAGAUAGAGUUAGAUAAAACUGCUGAAGAAUUUAAAAAGCAACACAAUGAUAGACAUAAGUUAUUUUUACAAUGGCAAGAGGUAACUGAGAUUAUAUCAAAAAGAGACAUUUAAAUAAGAUAAGAAGGUGAGAAUUUCGCUAGAACAAAAAUAGAAAUAAAGUAAAAUAAAGAUGGUUUAGAAGAAAAAAAAAAGAUCCUUAAAGAAGAAAUAGACAAUAAUAAAAAGAUUUAAAUGGCUAAUGAGUUUAUUUAAAGACAGAAUAUUUAAUAAAUUCAAGAAAAUAAGAAUAUCAAUGAAAUUUUAAUCAAUAAAAAAGCUGAAGUUGAAAUUCUUAAAAAUCAAGUUAGUGAUUUUGCCUCUAAUCUAUAAAAUAAAAAAAACAGAAUUUCAGUUUUAAACCAGGAACUUUUGGCUAAAAAAUAAAGACUCACAAUUGCUUAAAAAAAAUACUAAAAUAAUCAAGUUAAAAUCAUAAAUGAAUAAUAAAUAGCUUAAAUUUAUGAAUAAAAUAAAAAUUUGGCAGAAUAAAAAUAUAAACAAUUCGAAAAAGAAAGAAAUGAAAUCGAAAGGGAAAUUAAAUCCUAAAAAGAUAUACUGUUUAAAAAUACUUAGGAUUUAUUUAAAUUAAGAGAAUAAGAAGCUAAUUCUUAUGGAGAAAUAUAAGGAAAUAUUGCAGCUUGUAGAAAUCUAUAAUCACAUAUAUAGAAACUAAACUAGGAGUUUUAAAGAUAGCAAGAGUUACUUUAUAAUGUUGAGUAUUAAAUUUAAUUAAUGGAAAGAAAAGUCGCAAGAGCUAAAGGAGAAAGAACUUUAGAAGAAAAAAAAGACUUGGAAAAUGAAAUAGAAUAAGCCGAAAAAAUAUUCAAUAAAGUUUAAAAAGAUAACAUAGAAUUAAAUGAAUCAUUAAAAAAAUUAGAUGAUGAAAUAAGACAAGUUAAAAAAAAAUUAGAAUUAAUAGUAUCAGAAAAUUAGAAAUUUUCAAGUUUAAUUGAAGAAUUAAUACUAGAAAAUGAUAUGACUUACUAAGACUUAAAUAAAGUGAUAAGAAAUAAAGAAGAAAUUCUCGUUUAACACGACACAAUGAAACUUGAAAUAAAAAAAAUACAAGAAUACCUAAAUGGAGCUGCUUCCAAAGUUUUUGACUUAGAAAAUACAGUUUAUUAAAUAGAGAUGAGUAUGUAGGAAAGAGAAAAAGAAAUUUAAGUACAUAAAGAUGUCCUAAUGACUGAACACAAAUCUUCUGAAGACGAAAGACAUAAAAUAGCAGUUGAAUUAGCAGAAAGAAAAAAUAAAGUUAAAAACUUGAAAAUUAAAUACGAAUCUUUAGUUUAAAAAAAUAAAGGGUCUAAUGGAUAAGUUGAUAAUGUUCAUGAACAUUCACAAGCCUAUUAUGUUAUUAAAGCAGCUUAAGAAAGAGAAGAAUUACAAAGAAAAGGAGAUGAACUAAAUGCCAAUAUUUUAAAAAGUGAAAAGGAAUUAAUAGCUUUAGAAAAUACUUUAAGUCAUUUAAAAAAUAGAAAUUCAAAAUAUAGAGAUAGCUUUCUCAAUAAAGGAAUAACUAUAGAAGAUAAACAAUAUUUAGAAGGUUUAGAAGAAUAAUGUAGAGCUGCUUCAUAAAACUUAUUUAAAAAAAGAGAUAUAUUAUAAAAACUAUAAAAAGAAUAUGAAUUAGAUAAAAGAAGACUAUUAGAAUAUUAUAAUAAAACAUAACUUUUAAAUUAAAGAUAAUAAUAAACUCAAUAAAUAAUUGAUAAAUAUAUGAAAGAUAUUGACAAUUAAUAAUAUAAAAUACAAAGAGCAGAAUAGGGGUACAAUAGAUCCAUUUUAAAAAUUUAAUAGAAAAAAAUAAAUAUUGAUAAUAAAAACAAUCCUUAUAUAAAAUAACUUAAAUAUGAAAUAGAAGUUAAUAAAACAAAAACAUUAUUAUCUAGCUUAUAUACUUUAUCAUAGGACAUUCCUGAAAUAAGUGUACUAAUUGAUUAAGUUUUAAAAGAAAAAAAACUCACUUUACCCUCUAAAGCGCCUUCUUCUAUAGAUAUUAAUUCUUAAUAAUCUAUUGGAUCUGUUCAUUCUUAAAAUUCAAUAAAGUCUAAUAUUUUUAGUUAAUGA